CGCCAGUCCGCAGACGACUUCGACGCCCCGCCACCGCUUUCCACGCCGACGCAAUAUUUUGCUCACACUCUUUCCCAGCACCGCCCUCCCCAGUUGGACUCUUUCCUUUUGCCGGCUCCUUGUCUUCACCUUCUCGGUCGCACGGUGAGCGCCAACACACUCCUCAGCCGCCCGCCAAUUACUUACCCGGCCAACGCACGACCCCAACAACUGCUGCAUGCGCACACAACACGCAUAAGAACAGAGUUUCAGCUACUUGUCGGCUUCGCGGGAGCUCUGUAAGCAUUGGGCAAAAUGUCUAUGUCGAUCGAAGAGCUUGAUGCCACUGUGCGUGCCUUCUUCGAGGGCCGAGGAGAGCAACAGAAGCAGGCACAGGCUACCCUUAAUCAGUUCAAGGAGAAUCCUGAUGCGUGGCUCAUGGUGGACAAAAUUCUUGAGUCCGCCGCAUACCCGCAAACGAAAUAUAUUGGGCUGCAAAUCCUCGACAAUGUCAUUCUCACGCGCUGGAAGGUUCUCCCAAGAGAUCAGUGUCAAGGCAUCCGCAACUUCGUCGUGAACUUCAUCAUACAGUGUUCGCAGACUGAGGAAAGUCUCCGUCAACAGCGCACGCUUCUGAACAAGCUGAAUAUGACGCUGGUCAACAUCUUGAAAAUGGAGUGGCCCCACAACUGGCCGACCUUCAUCAACGAAAUUAUCUCCUCCUGCCACUCAAGCAUACCUAUCUGCGAGAACAACAUGGCAAUCCUGCGAUUGCUGUCAGAAGAAGUCUUCGAUUAUUCCCAGGACCAAAUGACUUCAACAAAGACGAAAGAGCUGAAGCAGACAAUGUGCGACGAGUUCACGGCCAUCUACCAACUGUGCUCCGAAAUCUUGACCACCGCGUCGCAAGCGAACUUGAUCAAGGCGACUCUGGAGACUCUGCUGCGCUUUCUCAACUGGAUUCCGCUGGGGUUCAUCUUUGAGACUCCACCGAGCGGCAUGAGCCUCAUCGAUACCCUCCGCAGCCGAUUCCUCGAGGUCCCUGAAUUUCGUAAUAUCACGUUAAAGUGUCUAACAGAAAUUGCCAGCUUGCACGUUGACCCCGCCUACAACGACAAGUUGGUUGCGAUGUUCACCGAGACGCUUACGGCUAUCUCCAAGAUCAUCCCGUUGUCAGUAGAUCUCAAGUCUAUCUACGCUUCGAGCAAUAGCCGAGAUCAGGAGUUCGUACAGAACCUUGCGCUUUUCCUCACAAACUUUUUCACCAUGCAUCUCUCUGUCAUUGAGAACUUGCCAAACCAAGACUAUCUGCAGCACGGUCAUUUCUAUCUAAUCCGUAUCAGUCAGAUCGAUGACAGAGAGAUAUUCAAGAUCUGCCUAGAGUACUGGACUAAGCUUGUGUCUGAGCUGUACGAUGAGCAACAGCAAAUGCCGAUUAGCGACAUCAAUCCUUUGAUGAUGGGAGGUCUGUCCGGCCUUGGCAUGCCUAACGGAGGCGGCUUUGGCAAUAGAGGCGGCCAAGAGAAUCUUCGGAAGAACAAGUAUACGCAAGUUCUAUCUGCCUUGCGGACGUGCAUGAUAGAGAAGAUGGUGCGUCCGGAAGAGGUCCUCGUCGUUGAGAAUGAUGAAGGCGAAAUCGUUCGUGAGUUCGUAAAAGAGAGCGACACUAUUCAACUUUACAAGAGCACGAGAGAAUGUCUGGUAUUCUUGACUCACCUAGACGUUGCGGACACGGAGCAGAUCAUGUCUGAGAAGUUGGCACGACAAGUUGACGGAACAGAAUGGUCUUGGGCAAAUUGCAACACCCUUUGCUGGGCUAUCGGCUCCAUUUCGGGUGCUAUGAAUGAGGAGACAGAAAAGCGUUUCCUCGUAACAGUCAUCAAGGACCUUCUAGGUCUGACGGAAAUGAAGCGUGGGAAGGAUAACAAGGCAGUUGUUGCCAGUAACAUCAUGUACAUUGUCGGGCAGUACCCGCGGUUCCUCAAGGCUCAUUGGAAGUUCCUCAAAACUGUAGUCAACAAGCUGUUUGAAUUCAUGCAUGAGACUCACGAAGGCGUGCAAGAUAUGGCUUGCGACACCUUCAUCAAGAUUGCGAACAAGUGCCGACGACACUUCGUUGCUCACCAGGCAGGUGAGACUGAGCCUUUCAUCGACGAGAUCGUCCGCAACUUGCGCCGAAUCACUUGCGAUCUGUCUCCCCAACAAGUCCAUACUUUCUACGAGGCGUGCGGUUAUAUGAUUUCUGCCCAAGGACAAAAACCGAUCCAGGAACGUCUCAUUGCUGGGUUGAUGGAGACGCCGAAUCAAGCUUGGGACCAUAUCAUUGCCCAGGCUAACGCUGAUCCAUCAACCCUUCAGGAUCCUGAGGUGAUCAAGAUCGUGGGCAACAUUAUGAAGACGAAUGUGGCCGCCUGUAGCUCGAUAGGAAGCUACUUCUAUCCUCAGAUCGGCCGCAUCUUCUUGGAUAUGUUAACCAUGUAUCGAGCCUCCAGUUCGCUCAUCGAUGAGGCUGUUCAGCGUGAUGGUGUGAUUGCGACGAAGAUGCCCAAGGUCCGCGGACUUAGGACAAUCAAGAAGGAGAUCCUGAAGCUUAUUAUUACCUAUGUUGAGCGCGCAGAUGAUCUUGAGAUGGUCCACAAUACAAUCGUGCCGCCUUUGCUGGAGGCCAUCCUUGUUGACUACAAGCGCAACGUGCCAGAUGCGCGCGAACCCCAAGUCCUGGAGGUUGUGACAACAAUCAUAAGCAAGUUACAUAGCUUGAUGGAGGACCAAGUUCUCAACAUCCUCGACAACGUGUUCGAAUGUACGCUCGAUAUGAUCAACAAGGACUUCUCCGAGUACCCUGAGCACCGAGUCGAGUUCUUCAAACUUCUUCGUGCCAUCAACCUUCGAUGUUUCCCUGCCCUACUCAAGCUCGACGGUAGGCAGUUCAAGCUCAUCAUCGAUGCGUGCAUGUGGGCCAGUAAGCACGACAAUCGCGAGGUUGAGGGCGCAGGUCUUCUCAUGUGCAACGAACUCAUUUCGAACAUGUCCGAGACCGAUCCGCAGAUCUGCAACACAUUCUUCGAGAAUUUCUUCACGAGCAUCCUUCAAGACGUGUUCUUCGUUCUCACCGAUAGUGAUCACAAGUCGGGUUUCAAAUCGCAAGCGAACCUCUUGGCAAAGAUGUUCUGGCUCGUGGAGUCGAACAAGCUUCAAGGGCCGAUCUACACUCCUGACCAAGCUCCUCAAGGAACAUCGAACCGUGACUUCCUAAGGCAAUUUGUCGGCACUUUGUUGUCAAAUGCAUUCCCCAAUCUCUCUCCGCAGCAGAUCAAUAACUUCAUCGAUGGUCUGCUGGCAAACAACACCGACCAGAAUCGCUUCAAGCUUAUCCUUCGUGACUUCCUCAUUUCUCUCAAAGAGUUUUCUGGUGACAAUGCCGAGCUCUUUGCUGAGGAGAAGGAGCUUGCAGCUCAGGCACAGAAGGACCAAGAGCGUGAGCGUGCUAUGAAGGUCGGUGGUUUGCUUAAGCCCAGCGAGAUUGACGAUGACGAGCUAUGACUUGAUGAUGAUAUCUCGCUCGAUGUUGCAGCGAGGUCACAGUUCGACUAUCCUGUUGAGGUCUCUGUGACCUGCUCUGGCGGUAACGCUCGAGGCUCGCAGAAUCCGGAUGGGUGGGGAUUCUACGGCUUAUGAAGACUAUGUGUAUACUAUUUAACAGUGUCUGACCCAAACACAAGUGCGAGGGGGUCGGCUUAGGAGACAACCUGGAUAAUACCAAGGAUUUGGCCUGGUCAGAGAGUUCCCAGCGAUGGGGCCUAGCCACAAGCACACGUUUGAUUGUUUUCCUUUCCCCUCUCGACACGAACAACGGAAAAAAAAGGCAUUUAUUUUGAUUACUGGCGGGUACGCGCAUAGAUAUCCAGGAGCAGGGCGCUACCGCACCGAAAUUUCAGUUUGUUUCAUUCGUGAACUUUUCAUUAUCUGCGUCUUCGAUGAGCUGAUCGCCAAAAGAGAGUAGAUCAUGUAAAGAAACCAGUUUCAUCUGAAUCAAAGAGUAUUAGUCAGUGAUUUUUCAGUGCCUCUCGCAUCUCUCACUUUGCUUGAUCAAGUCUGGAUGAUGUCUUAGUACGUUGCUG